AUGAGGGUGAGGGCGAGGAGGAAGGUCGCCACCAACACCCAACAGACCCAGCAGCGCUCGAGGCUUUCCUGGUUGAAGACCUUGGUUCGGCCUAAUUUCUAUCGACUCCAUCUUGCCUACUUCGUCGUUGCCAUUCUGGUCUCGUCGGCGAUCCUCUGGGGUUCUAACACCUCAGGCUUUCGGCUCAGGUAUAUAGACGCCUUGUUCCUGUGCUGCUCGGCCAUGUGCAGUGUCGGUCUCACCACGGUCAACCUUGGUUCGUUGAAUGGUUUUCAACAGUCCGUCUUAUUGGUGAACAUGUUGAUGGGAGAUCUGAGCCUGGUCAGCACUUCCGUCGUCGUUGUGCGUCGCUACUUCUUCGGGAAAUAUAUCAGAGAAUUCCUCCAACAUUCACAGGCCGCACAGAGGAUCGCCAGUGAUAUUGAGGCUGAUGGAUGUCCUUCCACUGGUUCGGAUCACCUAGCUAUACAACCAGCUCGCCAGAGACAGCGCAUAAACCCUCCUGUUGAACAAGAGAAUGCCACCACUCCGACGCGAUCUCCAUCUCGCAGACGCCAGCAUUAUAUUCGAGGCUAUGGUGGCUUUCCCGCGCCGUGGGACUACGCCGGUCGUCUGGUAAGGUGGACAUAUGAGGGGUUUGGAACCCAAAAAAAGCCAGAUCAUUCAUACCUCUCCUUUGAACCCGAGUUGGACCAUAGGGGACGAUUUCGUGCCUUGACCAGCGAGCAAGAACGGGAACUAGGCGGAGUUGAGUACCGCGCUCUGAGACUUCUGACUUGGCUGUUGCCGGCCUAUGCCGUCUUUUGGCUGUCUUUCAUCAUAGUGGUGAUGACGCCCUAUGUCUGCAAUACCAACGCUGGAAAUGUGAUCAGGGAGGCUCAACCAGGCAAUUUGAGCCCGGCAUGGUGGUCUGUGUUUGUCAGCGUCUCGGCCUACACCAACAGCGGUCUGAGUCUCUUGAACGCGAACAUGAUUCCGCUGGGGAACAACUAUAUUAUCCUGAUCUUUACCGGCAUGGUCAUCUUUACGGGGAACACUUUCUAUCCAAUCCUCCUCCGUCUGACCAUCUGGCUCCUUUCCAAAAUCGUCCCGCGAAAUUCGGAAACACACCACUCACUCCAGUUCCUUCUGCACCACCCGCGCCGCUGUUACCUUUUCCUUUUUCCGGCCAGGAACACAUAUGGCUUACUGUGUAUCCAGGUUGCCAUUAACCUCAUAGCUUGGGUUAUGUUCAUCGUCCUCAACAUCAACUAUACACCUGUCGACCCGCUGAUCCCCAGUGGGCUCCGCGUGUUUCAGGGACUGUAUCAAUCAGUGGGGUUGCGCUCUUCAGGCUUCUACAUCAUCCUCAUCUCCGACGUUGCUCCAGCUCUUCAAUUCUUGUACGUGAUUAUCAUGUACAUUUCUGUCUUUCCGAUCCUCCUGUCCGUGCGCCAGACCAAUAUUUAUGAGGAGCGAUCUCUCGGUCAAGACGACAGCUCGAAAACGCAGGCUACUCUCCAGAAUGUCGACAAGCCGCAAACAGUCAAAUCUGCGCUGGGCCAGCAUCUUCGACGGCAGCUGGUCUAUGAUAUCUGGUGGAUUCUAGCUUGCGUCUGGCUUGUUUCAAUCAUCGAGCGUGAUAAGUUGGCUCCCUCACCUCCCGCCUCCACCACGCCACCAGAACCCGAGUCGCUACCUUCCCCGCAUCCAGCCUUUAGACCCGGCCUCUUUGACAUCAUCUUCGAAACGGUAUCUGCCUAUGGCACCGUCGGACUCUCACUGGGCGUGCCCUACGAAAACUACAGUUUCUGUGGCACAUGGCAAUCCUUGUCCAAGCUGAUCCUCAUGACAGUCAUGCUGAGGGGUCGCCACAGGAUAUUGCCAAUGGCAAUUGACCGUGCUAUCUUGUUACCCGGACAAGAUAUCAUGGAAGAAAUGGACCGAAGGGUGAGGGUGAAUGAGGAAGACGAGGCACGAUGGCAAAGAGACGAGCAGGAGGUGAGAGAAGAGGAGCAAGGAGGAGACAUCGAGGAUGAGUUGGAUGCGGGUAGCGACGGCGGUGUGCCUGCCCCUUGA